UCCCUUCCCAGUGUCUGCCUCUCUCUGCCCCUAGGUGGACACCAUGGACCCUCUGGUGGCUCUCCUUUGCCUGCUGCCCCUGUACCCAGGCCUGGCUGCAGUCACUCCCUCCUGCCCUCGGAAUGUGAAUAUCUCUGGAGGCACUUUCACCCUCAGUCACGGCUGGGCCCCUGGGAGCCUCCUCACCUACUCCUGCCCUCUGGGCCGUUACCCAUCCCCUGCGUCGCUACUGUGCAAGAGCAACAGACAGUGGCAGGCCCCUGGAGCCACCAGGCUGACAAAGGCGGUCUGCAAAUUUGUUCGCUGCCCAGCCCCUGUUUCCUUUGAGAAUGGCAUGUACACCCCACGCCUGGGAUCCCACCCUGUGGGCGGAAACCUCAGCUUUGAGUGUGAGGAUGGGUUUACACUGCGGGGCUCGCCUGUGCGAUGGUGUCUCCCCAACGGCAUGUGGGAUGGAGAGACAGCCGUGUGUGACAGCGGCGAUGGCCACUGCGCGAACCCGGGUAUUUCAGUGGGUGCAGUGAGGACAGGCUCCCGCUUUGGUCUUGGUGACAAAGUCAAAUACCGCUGCUCCUCGAACCUGGUGCUGACGGGAUCCGCGGAGCGGGAGUGCCAGGACAAUGGGGUCUGGAGUGGGACGGAGCCCAUCUGCCGCCAACCCUACUCUUAUGAUUUCCCUGAAGAUGUGGCCCCUGCCCUGGGCUCCUCUUUGUCCCACAUACUUGGAGCCACCAAUCCCACCCAGAAGAAGACUGAAAAUGUGGGCCGUAAAAUCCAAAUCCAGCGCUCUGGUCACCUGAACCUCUACCUGCUCCUGGAUGCCUCUCAGAGUGUGACAGAAGACAACUUCCACACCUUCAAGGCUUGCGCUACCCUCAUGGUGGACAGGCUCUUCAGCUUUGAGAUCAAGGUAAGAGUCGCCAUUAUCACCUUUGCCUCAAAGCCCAAAGUCAUCAUGUCUGUCUUGCACGAAAACUCCCAGGAUGUAACUGAAGUGAUCAGCAGUCUGGAAAACGCCAACUAUAAAGAUCAUGAAAACGGAACUGGGACCAACACCUACGAGGCCCUGAAUAGUGUCUAUAUCAUGAUGAAUAACCAAAUGCAACGCUUUGCUAUGAACACAGCAGCCUGGCAGGAGAUCCGACAUACCGUCAUUCUUUUGACAGAUGGAAAGUCCAACAUGGGAGGCUCUCCCAAGCCAGCUGUUGACAAUAUCAAAGAAAUCCUGAACAUCAACCAGAAGAGGAAUGACUAUCUGGACAUCUACGCCAUUGGGGUGGGCAAGAUGGACGUGGACUGGAAAGAACUGAAUGAGCUGGGGUCCAAGAAGGACGGGGAGCGGCAUGCAUUCAUCCUGCAGGACACAAAGGCUCUGCACCAGGUCUUUGAGCACAUGCUGGAUGUCUCCCAGCUCACAGACACCAUCUGUGGAGUGGGGAACAUGUCAGCCAAUGCUUCAGACCAGGAGAGGACACCCUGGCACGUCACCAUUAAGCCUAAGAGCCAGGAGAACUGCCGGGGGGCCCUCAUCUCUGACCAGUGGGUCCUGACAGCUGCUCACUGCUUCCGCAACGCUGAGGGACGCUCCCUGUGGAGAGUCAUCGUGGGGGACCCCAACUCCCCAUGGGGCAAAGAAUUCCGUAUUGAGGAGGUAGUGAUCAACCCGGGGUUCGAUGUCUUUGCCAAGAAGAACCAGGGGAUCCCAGAGUUCUACGGCAAUGACAUUGCCCUGCUGAAGCUGGCCGAGAAAGUGAAGAUGUCCACCCAUGCCAGGCCUAUCUGCCUUCCCUGCACAGUGGAGGCCAAUCUGGCUCUUCGGAGGCCUCAAAACAGCACCUGCCGGGACCACGAGAACAAACUUCUGGACAAAUCGAGCGUUCCUGCGCAUUUUGUCGCCUUGAAUGGGAGCAAACUGAAUGUUAACCUCAAGACUGGGAUAGAGUGGGCAAGCUGUAUCCAGGCUGUCUCCCAAGACAAAACCACGUUCCCCAACCUGACAGAUGUCAGAGAGGUGGUGACAGACCAGUUCUUGUGCAGUGGGACCCAGAAUGAUGACAACUCCUGCAAAGGAGAAUCUGGGGGAGCAGUUUUCCUUGAGCGGAAAUUCAGGUUUUUUCAGGUGGGCCUGGUGAGCUGGGGUCUCUACAACCCCUGUGUUAACUCCGACAAAAACUUCCGCAAAAAGGCCCCCAGGAAUAGGGUGCCGCCACCAAGGGACUUCCACAUCAGUCUCUUCCAACUGCAGCCGUGGCUGAGGCAGCAUCUGCAGGGGGUCCUGCAAUUCCUACCCCUCUAAUCAUGGCCACUAACUCCUUUGCCCUCCUGCAAGGAUAUGCCAUCCCUCUCAACUCCUACCCCUGAACUUCCACCCCAGACCCUGUGACCCGGCCUCACACUUAGGUCUGCAUCCAGCCUCCUGGAUCCCAGCUGGCAGAGCAGCUGAGUUGGGGAAUUCCCAGUGUUCCCCUCCUGGCAUGCAUGAAAAUUCCUCCCUCCCAUGUAAUGUGCUCGCUUCUCCUUUCACUUUCACAUGGAAUUUCCCAGUUAUGAAAUUAAUAAAAGUCAAUGAUUUCCACAUCCACCUGUCCUCUGCCUGGGAGCCAGGCAGGCUUGGGUGAGGGGGAUGGACAGGGAGGCC